AGCGAAAUCUCCCCCUCCCAAAAUCGCUCCAUCACAUAAACCUGGGGGGGGCAGGAGGGGGGGUCCCUUCCGAUCCUCCCUCCUGACGCCCCCCCCAGCAGGCCCCCUCCCCCACCAUUGAAAGCCAUGAAUUUUGAAUUUGAGAGGGAGAUUGGGUUUAUAAACAGCCAGCCAUCGCUCGCCGAGUGUCUGACUUCCUUCCCCGCUGUCUUGGAGACAUUUCAAACUUCAUCAAUCAAGGAGUCGACAUUAAUUCCUCCUCCUCCUCCUUUCGAGCAAACCUUCCCCAGCCUCCAGCCCGGCGCCUCCACCCUUCAGAGACCCAGGAGCCAAAAGCGAGGCGAAGAUGGGCCCGCUCUGCCGCCGCCGCCGCCGCUCCCCGCCGCCCCCUUGGUCCCCGAGUUCCCCUGGAUGAAAGAGAAGAAAUCCGCCAAGAAACCCAGCCAAUCCGCCUUGUCUCCUCCAGCCGCCUCCUCCGUUUCGGCCUCCGAGGUCGGAUCGCCAGCAGAUGGUCCGGGACUGCCGGAGGCCGCCGGCAGCGGGGCGCGCAGGCUGCGCACUGCUUACACCAACACGCAACUGCUGGAGUUGGAGAAGGAAUUCCACUUUAACAAGUACUUGUGCCGGCCGCGCCGCGUGGAGAUCGCGGCCUUGCUGGACCUCACCGAGAGGCAAGUCAAGGUGUGGUUCCAGAACCGGCGCAUGAAGCACAAGCGGCAGACGCAGCACCGCGAGCCGCCCGACGGGGAGCCGGCCUGCCCAGGCGCCCUGGAGGACGCCGGCGAGCCAGCCGACGAGCCCGCGGCCAGCCCUGGCCGCCCCUCCGCCUCCCGGCCGGCGCGGGAAGCCUGCUGUCACCCGCCCGAGGUCGCGCCGGCCCUCCCGGGCGCCCAGGGCCCCCAGCCUUUGACCGCUCACGUGGGGGGUAGUUUGCGCGCUGCCGCCAGGCUGGAGCCCGAGCCGUUGCCCGAAGACGCCUUCCCCGAGCGGCAGGAUUCGCCUUUCCUGCCCGAUCUCGACUUCUUCGCGGCCGACUCCUGUCUCCAGCUGUCCGGAGGCCUGUCCCCCAGCCUGCAGGGCUCGCUCGACAGCCCGGUUCCCUUUUCCGAGGAAGAGCUGGAUUUCUUCACCAGCACCCUCUGUGCCAUCGACCUGCAGUUCCCCUAACCUGUUUCCUCCCCCCCCGGCCGCUUCGACCCCCGUCCCCUCGUCCCGUCUGCUGGAAAACCCGAGGACCCCCCUCCCCCAAGUCGCUUAGACUUCUUUCUGUGUUUUGCUAAAAUUCAGGUAUUACUGAAUUCGUGUUUAAUCCAUUUCCUUUCGUUCCUCUCUAAAAUAUUGGGCACUCGGGCGUCUUUUUAAAACACACAGACAAAUUCCGUUCGGUAGACUCCUUCCAACGAAAUCUCAGGAAUAAUUAAACUCUUGGGGGGGGGGCUUUCUUAAAAAGGAACUAGAGGAUCUUGUUUUCCUCUCUCUCUUUUUAAGUUUUAGACCCGUAGAUUAUUUAUUGAAAUUCUUUAAUAAUAGGAAAAGGGGAAAGUAUUUAUUGUACAUUAUUUUCAUAGAUUAAAUAAAUGUCUUUAUAAUACGAAAA